AUGGCCCAGCUUCAAAAGCCACUAGAGAUUUUGGGUGCUAGACAAGAGCAUGUGCUCAGCACUCUUUCCAAAUCAGGAUCUUUUAAGGUGUCUCAGGUGCCCAGCCAUCAAAAUGCCCAUUCUGAGAGCUCUGAAGAAUGGGGGGACACAGCAAGCGAAGAAAGUCUGAAUGAGGAAGCAGAUUGGGCUGGCGAUGCUUACAGCAGUCCUAAAAGCAGUGCAGAAACUGGAGGAGAGGACUCCAAUGCUGAUGAGCAUGAUGGCACUGAUGAAGAAAACCACGACCCAUCCGUGGUUUCUAGCAGGAGCUCUGAAAGUCAUCCAGAUGAUGUCGAUGCAAGGAGCACUCAAGACUAUGAAGAGGAUGACAGUUUCCGAAUUCAGCAGGCUCAUCGUAAAAAUUGGGCUGAUCAUGAGGAUUAUGGUGACCUUGAUGAUGUGGAAGAAGUAGAUGAAAACAGUCAUGGUGAUCAAUCAACUGAGAAAAACUCUCUGGAGGAUGUAAAUGAGAUUCUUGCUAUUGACCGCAGUGACCAUGGAGAUCACCACGCCAGGGACAGCAGAGAAUCAGAAGACAAUGGUGACAUUGAAAAUGAUGGAUUUCUUUAUCUAUCCAACGGCUUCGACUCUAGCAAGGGGGACGAGGAAAGAAAUUAUCUGACAGAUGAGGAAGAUGAGAGCGGAGAUGAUACCUUUGAUGAAAAUAACGAGGAAGAAAUUAAGGGGGCAGACCCUCGAUACCCUGUUCGUCCUGCUGGAACAGAUGAGCACAGUGCAGUUGCUGAUGGAGAUCUAGAUGGUGACCAUAGAGCUACCGCUAUGGGGAAAAAAGAUAGCAGCAGCAGCAGCAGCAGCAGCAGCAGCAGCAGCGAGAGCAGCAGCAGCAGCGAGAGCAGCAGUGAGAGCAGCAGCAGCAGCGAGAGCAGCGAGAGCAGAGGCUUUGGUCAUGAGGAGGAUGCCAGUCGUGGCAGGCAUGUCCCCAGCAAAGGAAAUCGAGGCAACAGUGACAGUGCCUGCAGUAGCCAAGAGGAGAGGGAUGAUUCUGAUGAUGAAGGAAUGCAAGGUGAUGACCCAUCCUUCUUUGAGAGCGAAGCUGGCAAUUCCAACAUGGUUCACGGUGCCAUUAAUUCCAAAGAGAGCAGCCAAGAAACCAGUAGGGAGCACCGCUACGGCAAGCGGAAAAGCACCAAUAAAUCACAGAAACCUUCCCAGAGCCAUGUGUUCCGAAAUGGUGAUGAUACUUCAGAAGAGGAUGAUAGCGCAGAGCACAAUGACAGUAAAUCCAAAGAGGACAGCAAGUCCACAGAAGACAACAGUUGUUCUGAAGAACACGUUGCCAGCCACUCCAGAGAGGAUGUCACCAGCCAGUCAAAGGAAAAUGUCACCAGCCACUCCAGGGAGGAUGUCUCCAGUCAAUCAAGUGAAGAGAGUAGUGAAUCCCAGGAAGAAAAUGAGGAAAACUCCACAGACGUGGAUAGCAAAUCAGAUGAACACAGCGGUAGCAAAUCUAAAGAAGGUCAGGAAGACAGAGACUCCCCUGAGGAUGGCAGCAAUACAUCAGAAAGUGACAGUGAAUCCACAGAAGACACGAGGGACCAUAGCAAAUCAGAGGAGAAGAGUAAAUCCACAGAGGACAACUUGGAAUCAGAAGAAGAUAAGGAUGGACCAUCUCACAGUAAAUCGGUUGAGAGCAGAAGUGCUUCAGAAGAGAGCAGUAGCAGUGAAGAGAGCAAUGCCAGUGAUUCGAAUGAAGAGGACAUCAGUUCUGAAGAGCAGCAAGGCCAAGACAGCAAGUCUGCAGAAACCAGUGAAAGUGAAUCGAAUGAAGAGGAAGAUAGUGAAUCCAGAGAGCACACUGCAAGUCAAUCAAGCAGCCAGGAAGAUGAUAGUGUAUCAAGGAGCAUGGACAUUGAAAGCAGAAAGUUAGUGCUUGAUGUUUAUCACAACAAACCCAUUGGUGAUUAUGAUGACAAUGACUGCCAGGAUGGGUAUUAAAAUAUACAUUAAAAAUCCAAACUAUAUAUGACUUGUGGGGGGGAGGGAAAAAUCUUUUAAUUUAUUUACCCUAUAGACAGUAUUAAGGUCAGCAGUUCCUUCUGAGAAAUAUUCUGUGAACAAUAAGGGCAUGAUGAUUUUGUAGGAUUUCACUAUUUCAGCUGGUGUUUGCCCAAUGUGAAAUUAAAUGAAAAAUGAUGCUUUAAAUAUGAAAAGGAUAAAUCUAAGUGAGAAGCUGAUUUAUGAUCCUAGAACUGAAUUAGUAAAAAAAAGGGAAAAGCUAAAUAUUAGUUAGGAGAAGUGUUUGCAAAUAAAAUAAAUGUAUUUUUCAGGGAAGAUAGACCCACCACCGUGCUAGCUUUAUGUUCUCCUAUAAUUCAUUGCAUUAUGUCCAUGAACAUUGUUAGGAGCGAUGGUUGAGCAUUAAGGAGAGAAUGGAUGCUUAGAUUUAUUACACAAAUAUUUGCAUCUACAACUUCUUUAAAUUCAUUUGUCUACAGUCCAAAUGCACUUUAAAUUAAUUGCCACUACUGCACAUAACAAGGAGAGCGGCUAGUAACUGCACGUACAGUGUAUGAAGUAUCACUUCAGUAUGGGACGUACGUAAUAUUUUGU